GCCUGCUUCUCCUCGGUCGCCAAGGUGGAAGCCGGCACCAUCAAGAACCAGGUCGAUGGCGUCUCAGAAGGCGACGAGAUCAUGACCUUGAACGGGGAGACCCCGGCCAGGCUCAUAGAAAGAAUGCUGCGGAUCGCAUCCGCCGGCGACACGUGGAACGCUUGCUCCUCCGCCAGUCCGCCGCAUGCGGUCGGGUCCAAGACGAAGUUCGACUCCCCGCCCUGUGCCGCGUGCGACUUCCUCCGCCGACGGAAGGCGUUGGGGUUCGACGUGGCGCUGCAGAUGUGGUUGCGGGCUGUGAAGCGCGAAAUCAAAUUCACGCUCGGGGUGAGAACACCCGACGGCACCGAGCCGGAGGACACCGACGACGGCCCGCCGCUGGGCGCCGAGGCCGAGGCCCCGUCCGAGGAGGCCCGGCGGCCUGGCGGCGGAGACGCCCCGGGCGCGCUGGACAGGCCUCUGGAGACGUCGACGGUGGUCACGCUCCAGGCCAGCUCGGAGUCCCACGACAGGAGGGGAUGA